AUGGCUAGAGGCAGAGUGUUUGAUUCUGACGCGUCCGGCAGUGGUUCGCGUGGAGGUCGUGGCCCUGGACGCAGUGCCCGUGGUCGAGGAGGGUCCAUCCCUCAUCCUUCUUCAGUUUCAUCAAAGCUCCCACGUAUCACCCUCAGUUUGGUAGCGGGACAGCAUAUAUCCAUCUUUCUCGCAAAGCAGCGAGGCAAUUUUGAAAAGAUAAUCAAGCUAACAGCGCAUAAAGAAGGAUACACAUGGGAUGCCGUACCACAAGAGGCGAGAAGACUUUUAUGGGAGGAGUUCCAGGACGAGGCCAUUACGGCUAUGCUUGAAAGUAGCCUGGAAGAAGAUAUGCGCCGAUCGAUACGGCUGGGGGAACUUCACCCUUAUAGGAUGAGAAGAAGCGGGCAUAGUGAGACUGGCGGUGAUGGAGUAGGACCUUCUCGACACACAGGCGGAUCAAUAUCUGCUAUAGAGACAACUCGAUUAUUAGCUAAAGAAUUUGGUCGUGAGCCAACACCGAUUGAGGUGUUUACAUAUACUCACACGAAGGACCACGAUCUUAAUACGUUUGUCGACAGACGUGCGCUGAGCGUCAAUGGGCGAGAAGAAGUAGCGCUUUAUCUCGAGGCUGUAGGCGGGUCUCAGGCAUCACAGUUUUACUGCGGCUCAGCAGCUCACGCUUCUACAGCCAGCGCAGCACCACAGCCGGAGCACACUGACGGGCACUAUACUGAUGAUAUACGGGCUCAGCUUGCUGAUUAG